AUGACUUCCAUUUCUUCACUCUCCAUCACUGAUUCUGUUUCAGGAACCACCAUUGAUGUUCCAAUUGGAGUGAAUAAUACAAUUGCUGCAACUGCAUUCACUCAGUUCAAGAUCCCUCAAACAUGUCCUUUGCCAGACACUCCUCCAAAUGCUAAUACUGCUGAUGAAAGUAAAGUUCCUUUGCGUCUGUAUGACCCCGGCUUUAAAAACACUGCUGUGUGUAAAACUACCAUUUCUUCCGUUGAUGGCGAGAAUGGUAAACUCUAUUAUCGAGGCUACGAUGUGGAAGAAUUAGUCGAAAAAUCAGACUUUCUUGAAGUCGCUUACUUGUUGAUCUAUGGUGACCUUCCCGCUACCCAGCAAGUCUUUGAUGCGUGGUCAAAGAGUGUCAUGCAUCAUACUUAUCUUCAUACUGAACUUGCAAAUCAGAUGCGAACAUUCCGCUUUGAUGCUCAUCCUAUGGGUAUGGUGAUUGCUACAGUUGCAUCAUUAUCCACAUUUCAUCCUGAAGCCAAUCCGGCUCUCAAGGGUGAUAGUUUAUAUAUGAAGCCAAAAAUUGCUGCUGGCAAAAAUCCCACUGCAGAGGAAGCUGAGCUCAUCAAGAGUGCUGAAACUGCCAGAUCUCGUGCUAUUUAUCGUAUUCUUGGAAAAAUUCCUACCAUUGCAGCCAAUGCUUAUCGCCACCGUCUUGGCCGUCCUUACAACGCUCCCAUGUUCAAUGGAAAUGACUACUGUGAAAACAUACUAUAUAUGAUGGAUCGUCUUAAUGAGCCCGACUAUCAUCCAGAUCCUCGUCUUGUCAAAAUCCUCAACAAGGUGUUUAUUCUUCUUGCAGAAAAUGGAUCAAACUGCUCCACCAUCAUGGUUCGACACCUGUCAUCUUCUGGAGUGGAUCCAUUUACAAAUCUUGCAGGUGCAGCAGGUGCACUUUUUGGAGAACGCAAAACCGCUGCUGUAAUUCAAAUGCUUCAAAAGAUUGGAUCCGUUGAUAAAAUUGACGAGUAUCUUUUGCUUGUGAAACAGCCAGGAAAAAACAGUGAAGCUACUGAUGCUAGCCUUGGUGGAAUGAGUACUCGCAAAUCUCGUGUACGUUUGAUGGGUUUUGGCCACCGUAUUUACAAAACCCAUGAUCCUCGUGUUCGUAUUUGCAAAAAUCUGGUUCUUGAGCUAUUUGAGCUGAUGGGGAAAGAUCAUAUCGGUGACAUAGCCAUUGCACUGGAGGCCAAGGCAUUGGCUGAUCCUUAUUUCACAGAUAGAAAACUGUAUCCAAAUAUUGACUAUUGGAUGGGAGUGCUUUUCCACACCAUGCAAUUCCCAUCCGACAUGUUUCCUGUGUGGAUGUUUAUUCCCAGAGUUGCUGGCAUGAUUGCACAUCUGAUUGAGAAUAUUGACGAUGCUGAAUUCAAAAUCUAUCGUCCUCGUCAGGUAUAUAUUGGAUCCGGACGACGCUCAUAUGAAAAACUAGGACGUACACGCAGUACAAGUCUUCAUUCCGACUCUGCUCCUCCUGUGUUGGAUAGUGUAUAUCGUCUUAGUGAUCCACAAGCUGCUCGUCGUCGUGAAACUACUGCUGAUGUACUGGAGGAGCUUGCGCAUAUUCAAAAGACAUUGACAGACGUAUCUGUCGCUAUUGAAAAAUUGAGUACUGAAGAAACAUCUUCUGCGAGUGGACCCGAGACAUUGCAGACACUAAAAGAAAAGGUUGCUUGGCUUCAAAAAGCUCAGUCGCAUCUGACUUCAAAACUGGUACCCAAGCGACAAGGCUCUGGAAUGAAAUCGCCUACGAAUAGCUCAAGCAGCAGCUCUAUUCCAUCUACAAGCCGUGCAGCUACGGGUGAUGGACCCAAUCUGCUUGCUGGAAGUCGAAGUCCUCGUGUGAUUAGCCGCAAACCGAAUCAUUAA